AUGAAUAGUAUUGGACAUGUAAGUUCUUCGGUGGUAACAGUGUCGCAACAGUCAUAUUGCUUCAAUAGAUCACAUAUAUUGUCCGAAAUUUCUGAUGAUCUUAAAGGAACGGUGAUAACUGUUGCCAACAUCACGUCGAUAGUCUUUAUGUUACUCACACUUAUCAUCUAUUUGUGCAUCCCAGAGCUACGUAACGUCCAUGGAAAAUGUUUCAUUUGCUAUGUUUUCUCGAUGCUUUGCAGCUACACAUUGCUUGUCUUUACAAAGUUGGAUUAUAAAUUGUACUACUGCUACUAUUACCAAUAUUUCUGGAUUAUGGCUGGAUUUUUCUGGCUGAACGUGCUGUGCUUCGAUAUUUUCUGGAAGUUUGGCAGUGAUAUUGUCAAAAAAGUCGAAAGAAAAAGAUUUCUGAAAUAUUCCUUGUAUGCAUGGGGUUGUCCGAUGCUCCUGCUGGGACUGAUAGUUUUGAUCGACAAUACGAGUUUUGUUCCCGAGGAUUUCAGACCAAACAUAACCGCGGAUCAUUGCUACUUUGGUGAUCUAACAGCCGCGGCUAUCUAUCUGUACUCGCUAAUGAUGGUGCUGGUUCUGGUCAAUAUUUUCUUUUUCGUGAUGACAGCAAUUCGCAUCUUGAGAGUUCAACGUGCAACGGAUGUAGCUUUACAGCGAGGCUCGCGACGGCACAGUUCCGUUGAGGAUCGUUACCGAAUCCACCUGUACCUGCGGCUGUUUGUCGUGAUGGGAGUCUCGUGGAUAUUUGAGGUGGCUUCCUUUAUCGCUUGCCCCGAGGGCUCAUGUAUGGAUGAUUUUCUUCACAUGAAUUCUUGGCUUGGGUUGAUAAUUUUCCUCAUGUUUGUGUGCAAAACCAGCGUCAAGCAGAUGAUUGUUGAAAGGAUGGGCAACGACAAGUUCCAGAACCGAAAUAAAUCCAGUUACACAGUUUCAACAAGUUGCAUCAGUGUUAAUAACGCAGUCAUUCCGAUGCGUCAGUUGAGUGGGAAGGAGCCAACAUUAGGGAAUCAUUCAGACAGCACAUACUUUUAUGAGGAUCUUCAUUAGUACAAU